AUGUACACAACUGUAGAAGAGUUGACUGCCUCGCAAGUGAACGACACCACCAUCAUUGUGAGCUGGACCAAACCACGUCCUGUGGACAAAUUCAAAGACGAGUAUCACGUUACCAUAUGGGGUCCAGACUAUAAGAAGACCUAUACAACGAAGGAGAUUUGGAUCAUCGCUGGCGGCUUGGAUACUACUAAAGUGACCAAGGUCACUGUACAAAGUGUUUGGGCCAAUGGCACAAUUGUUCCCGAUGUCGCAAGCACUCCUGUGCAAAGGCCUUCUCUUGGUGUGCCGGUUAUUCCAAAGGAUUUCACCGCCACGAUUCUGAAUUGCAAAACUAUCCGUCUGGCCUGGAAGACACCAAUUACUUCACAGCCAUGGGGACAACAGUAUCUGCUCACUGUCAGCAAUAACACCUACACCAAGAGCUAUAAGCUGAUGACUACAGAGGAGACAAUAACCAGCUUGGAGCCCUCUUCCAUUUACAAUUUCACUCUCCAGGCUCUUGACAAGAGUGGC